CGACUUGAUUUGUGUCGUUUUCUUGUUUUUCUUGUUUUCUUUCCCAAGGGCACAUAUGCCCCGCCCAUUUCACUGCACGGCGGAGCUCUUGUGCCACGCCCAUUUUUGAAAUCUUAUAAGCGGUUGCCUUCGGUGACAUUCCUCUUAUCUCCUGAAAACGAUCGCUUGUGUUGUAAUCGAAACGUCGUGUUAUUUUUUAAGAGAUAUUUAUUUUAUUUUAUAUGUUUUACUGCCAGUACGCCGUCGCAGGUUUAGAACCAGGCUACCUACCUUAUAGACUGCCAGUACGCUCACUCAGUUUUAAUAACCAUUGCUCCAGUCUACAUUCUAGACUGCCAAUAGGCUCACCAAGCUUAAAAACCAGGCUACAGUCUCCAUUAUGGACUGCCAGCACGCUCACAGAGGUUAAGAACCAGGCUCUAGUCUACAUUAUAGGCUGCCAGUCCACUCAUCAAACUGAAUAACCAGGCUACAGUUUACAUUAUAGACUACCAGUACACUUACUCCGAUUAAGAACUAGGCUACAGUCUACAUUGUAGAAUGCCAGUACACUCACCACACUGAAUAACCAAGCUGCAGUCUCCAUCAUAGACUGCCAGUACACUCACUCCGAUUAAGAACCAGGCUACUGUCUACAUUCGUGUUUUUUGUUCAUUAUUAUUUUCAUAACAUUUUUUAAAUUCACUUCAUUAUUUAUUAUUAUUUUAUUCUAUCUACGUGACUUUACCGAAAGAACCAAAAUAUUAAUACUACAAUGGUGAAUCGUCACAUGGCGCGAACACUAUGCACAGCAUUACUGCUUGUGGAGUCUGCCGAGGAAAAACUGUGGCAAUGAAGAUCAACAUCGUACUUCUCGCAGUCACAUCCAUUGUGAUUGCGAGCUAUCUACUCCAUAUGUACACUCACCGUACCAAUGUACAGACUGUGACGGUGUGGGGAGCUUCCAUCCUGUGGAAUGGCACUUUUGACCAAUCAUACGUGGACCGGCUGUACGCGAGGCGUGAGGUCACAGUGGGCAUCACCGUGUUCGCCAUUGGACGCUACCUGGACCUGUUGCUGAAAAACUUCGUGGAUUCGGCCGAGCUGCACUUCUUCGUCGGCUACAGCGUGACCUACUACGUCGUGACAGACCAACCAUCGCGUAUACCCAACCUCUUGCUAGCACCCAAGAGAAUGCUCGUUCCUGUCAAGGUGGAAAAGCGCCCACGCUGGCAGGACAUCUGCAUGGAUCGCUUCAAGAUCAUCAAUGGGCUUGUUGAGACGACCGUGAAGGAGGAGUAUGUUUUCUGUUUCGACGUGGAUCUGCUGUUCACAAACCGCUGGGGUCCCGAAGUUCUGGGCAGCACCGUGGUCGUCCUCCACUCGUGGUUCUUCAAUUUGGACCCAGCGAUGUUCACCUAUGAGCGCCGGCCAGAGUCUAUGGCCUACGUUGCGAACGGAGAAGGAGACUUCUACUACCACGCGGCCGUGUUCGGUGGCCGCAGGUCACAUAUGAAGAACGUCACGCACAACAUUUUCCAGGCAAUCACUAAAGAUCGCAGUGCUGAGAUUGAAGCCAUCUGGCACGACGAAAGUCACCUGAACCGCUAUUUUAUCGACAACAAGCCGAGUAAAAUAUUAUCUCCAGAGUACUGCUGGGACGAGGAGGCCACUAACGCGGCCAUUAAGGUGAAACGCUUGAUCUGGGUUCAUAAAGAUAACGAUGCUCUCCGAGAGAACCCAUAGCCUCACCGCCAGUGAGCCUAGCUAUAUAGCGGCAUAGGUUUUGCCGUGUGGAACUCCUUUUGCACCGCAUGUCGCCAACUGUACUAAUUGGAGGUGUGGUGGAAGGACAACAAACUUAAACACAAAAAUCAGUUCGAAAAUGUUCAAUAUAUGUGGGUGUGUGGGUUUCUACUGUAUGUAUGUAUGCUGAACUCCUUUCUCACCAUACGUAGCCAUCCGCACUAAUCGGAGGUAGGAUAGAUCUGUAUGAGAAGGAUCAGAAGUGUAUUUCCCGAGUGGAGCCCAUUGAGCUAAAAAGACUAGUUAAGUCAACAUUAUCAUCAUCAUCAGCCAGCCAUGAUCAAUUAAUUGUUGAAUGAAGGCACUCUGAAGCCAUAUGUAGCUAUCCUAGAUCAUGCAAAACGUUUGCACAAUUUUAUCGUGCGCAUUUAGCCGUCCACUCUACUUUUUCAGACGUUUAUUUCUCACUCAGUAAAACCCAUGUGCUACGAGGAUCUUACUCAAGAACGACUCGGCAGGCAGAAAACAUCAAAGCAUUCCACGCAAUUAAAGAUUGAAAUAAAGUUAAUUAAAAUAACAAUAAUACAUGAUAAAAGUAUGCUGUUGCAUUUGUCCUUAUGUCCGUCAACUAAAUUAUAAGAGCCUUUCAGAAGGCCUGAAUCAAAAAGUUUUAGAAAGUGGACAACCCCUCCCAAAUAUAUGUAUAUUUCUAUAACUUUUGUAGGCAUAUGUGCCUACACACCCUACAUACAAUAUAGUGAGAUGUAUCUGCACACAUGGGGGGGGGGGCUGUUGUAUAUGACGGAUUAUGAAAUUUUGAUUAAGAAAAUGAAAAUAUUAAAAAUGCCUAAUUUGCAUACAUUAUGCUAAUGUUUAAAAUUAUCUGCAUAAAUUAUGAUAAUCACUGAGAUGAUCGUAUUAAUGUAUGCGAAUGCUUGUAAUUAUGUUAAUGUGUGCAGUUAUGAUAAUUAUACUUAGCUUCGUUAUCCAGAGUUGUAUCAAUCAGGAUAAAACGAUUAUCUUUGAUUAAACAUUUAUUGAUUAUCUUAGUGUGUUUAUAUUAUGUUAGGUCUCCAAAUUCAUAUCUCAACGCAGGAUACAGUUCUUAUAAAUAAGAGUUUUGCAUGGACUUGGAAAGAAACACCCACCCACUUGUGUUAAGCAAUUUUAAUUCUAAACAAACAUAUGACACUAAUAUGCAAAGGCGAAAGCAUACAUCAAUAGAUUCAUCGGCAAGAUUAUGCAAUUAACAAAAAUGAAUGACUAAAACACUUCUUAUUCAUGUAACUCGACGGCAGCAACUGCUUUGCAUGAUCAGUUGAUAUUGAACGCACCACCUUGAAAUGGCAACCCUUUUUGAAACACAAAGAUAACUUUUUGAAAGUCUUAUUCGUGUGUGUCCUGUGUGUGCGUUGUCCCCUUGUAAAAUUAAUAUUUUAAGUAGAGGAAGGGCGCUGUGUCGGACCUUGUGGGGUGGGGGAGGGGAUACAACCAGCGGCCAGAAAGGUUUCCUCUCGCUUGGGCGUGGCCGCAGCGAGCCGGUCCUGCUCCCUCGCUCGGGCGUGU